AAUGGCCUUCACAGUGCGCAGGAUUCGACAUAUCAGCGCAGCUGUAAUACAAACAAUUCUUAUCGCACGAUUUCUACUAUGAUCGCACAUAGAAAAGAAAUUCGCUGACUGUGAUACUUGAUAAUAAAAUAUCUCGCGUUCACAAUUAAUUAUGGCGGAAAUAACAAUAAGGAAGGCCAGACGAGAAGAUUGUAAAACCAUUAGAGAUUUAAUACAGGAAUUAUCGAAUUACGAGAAGAUGCCUGAACAAGUACAAGUCGAUUACAAAAUCUUAGAGAAAGAUGGUUUUGACGGAGAACCAUUAUUUUUCUGUAAUGUGGCAACAUCUGGUGAAAAAGUAAUCGGUUAUGCACUUUUUUAUUAUAUUUACUCAACAUGGGUUGGGAAAGCUAUGUGUUUGGAGGACAUUUAUGUAACAUCUGAGUUUCGAGGAAAACAUAUCGGUGAUAAACUUUUGAAAUCUGUCGCAAAAGCAGCUAUUGAUAACGAUUGCCGCCAGUUAGAUUUUAUUGUACUCAAUUGGAACCCAGCUCAGGAGUUCUAUAAGAAAAGAGGAGCCUGUGAUCUGACUGUGAAAGAAAAAUGGCAUCAUUAUCGUUUUUAUCUUAAUGAUUUAAUGAAACUAGCAUCUGAUGCCUAGCUAUGCUAAAAGGAAAAUAUAUUUUUAAUUAAGUUUGGUUUAAUCAAUAUAUAUAUUAUAUCACAUUAUGUACCAAAUAAAAUUAACUAGUUUAUUAUAUUA